ACCACCACCACCUCCGCCGCCGCUUCUUCCUCCUCCUCGUCGGUCCAUGGCGUCGCCGUCGCCGUCGUCGGCGCCUCGGGAGGGCCACUACAGGGGCGUCCGGAAGAGGCCGUGGGGGCGCUACGCGGCGGAGAUACGGGACCCCUGGAAGAAGACCCGGGUCUGGCUCGGCACCUUCGACACCCCGGAGGAGGCCGCCCUCGCCUACGACGGCGCCGCACGCAGCCUCCGCGGCUCCAAGGCCAAGACCAACUUCCCCCCGCCCCCCGCCCCACCUCCCCCUCCGAACUCCUCCUCCGCCUCCGCCUCCGCCGCCGCCGCCGCCCUCUCCCUCGACCUCAACCUCCCCUCCGACCACCACCACCCCCGGUGGCCCCCCGCCUCUCCCCACCACCCCCAGCACCACCACCACCACCACCGGCGGUUCGUCUUCAACGAGUUCCUCCCCGCCGCGGUCCUGGGCUGCGGCGACGUCAAGCGCGAGGUGACGGUCGUCGGCGAAGGCGGAGGCGGCGGCGUAGGAGUCCCGGUGCUGGCGGCUGAAGGCCCCGCCGUCGGAGCUUCGUUCCUGGGGAUGGCCACGCGCGGACUGCCCAUCGACCUGAACGAGCCGCCUCCUCUCUGGCUGUGACGUCACUAUCAUGUUCUCUCCCCCCCCUCCCCCCUCACCUCCGUUUUUCCUUACUAUCGGAGCUAGAGAGAGAAAGAGAGAGAGAGAGAGGAGGGGCCAAGAAAGAAAAUUCGGAGGAAAUGAGGCCCUUUUCUGUAAAUACAUUUUUCUUUUUCGGGGUCCCGUCCCACGUGGAAAACAAAACAAUCGGCGAUUUUUCCUUCAUUUACUCGUUCUCGCUCCUUUGCUUG